AUGAAAAGCACCGGAAUAAAGCCGGAAGACAGCACAGCUGUGAAAAGAUACGUAGAAUCAGCUGAGGUAGAAAAGUUUUUAACAAGUGCAAAAGGCCUCUCAUUCCUUAUUGACAAGGGAAAGACCUACGAGUUUGCUAGCAAAAAGACAGUGGAUGACCAAAUAGCGAGUAUUCUCGAUUUUUACAUGACAUGGGCAGAAGAGUGCCCGAUAAAGAAGGGAUACUUCUCUGAUGGAUACACGAUUAUCAAACUUAUAGAAAAGCAUUGUGAUAAGAAGGACGUAUUAGACAAGUUUACCUUUCUUUUCUAGUUAAAUACUUGCAAUUGGUAUUUAUUUAAAUAGUUCACGCUCUCUGGCUUACCGUCCAAUAAGAAUAGCACUUGAUGUAAAUAUAUGUGAUGCUUUAAACACACCAACCAUCAGGUGAAUCCACUUCAUUUGCUUUAACAUGCUAUCUUACCAUGGAAGAUCAUCCAAAUUAUACUAUUGUCUUUCAUCUGAUCCUGAAAAUAGCAAUAAAGGAUGUUUUGAUGGUACAGCCAUAGUGAAGCACAUGACUAGUUGAAUAACCACUUUGCACAGCAGUAUUGAAUGGUGCAAUCUAAGUAUUUUCUUGUGUAGACGUUUUUUAAGCCAGUUCGAGCAGUAGAAAGAUAAAAUUCCACUUUUGAUAAUCGAGAUCGGUUAAAUGCACGAUUAACUAUCAUUGAACGGUCUAUAACCCACCAUUAACGUAUAAUAUGUGCCUGAUAGAAUCUAUCAUUUUCUCAAUUCCUCUUCAGAGAAUGGCACUAUUCAACACAUCAGUUUAGUGUUUCGCGUCCAAUGCCGUUCUAAUAAACCAAACCUUUAGCAUUUAAAGCGAUAAAAGUUAUUGCAGUUCAGUCUUUGGACUUGGAACACGCGUUUAUUUACAAAUACACGUUUUU